UCAGAGCUGGGCAAUUUGGAAAAGAGCGAGUAGUCUCAAUGUGGCGCGUGCUAUGACAGCGUCUUUACUUCUCCCCUCGCGCUGGAUCGAGCCGGUGAUGUUUCUCUACGACAGCGGUGCGGACGAAAUCAACAAAAACAUGGAAGGCUUCGCGGGAGGCAAUUUCGCCGCGAGUCAGUGCCGAAACCUGAUGGCGCACGCACCGUCCCUGGCCCCGAGCAGCACCUACGCCUCCGACGUGCCCCCGUCUGGCAUGAGCGAACCUGGAAAACAAUGCAGCCCCUGUUCCGCGGCUCAGAGCUCCUCAAACGCCUCUCUACCAUACGGUUACUUUGGCAGCGGCUACUACCCGUGCCGCAUGUCCCACCACAGCGGCGUAAAGCCCUGCUCGCAGCCCGCAUACGCGGACAAGUACAUGGACACGUCCGUGUCUGGCGAGGACUUUCCGUCCAGACCAAAGGAGUUUGCCUUCUACCAGGGCUACUCGCCCGGUCCGUAUCAGCCGGUACCGAGCUACCUGGACAUGCCCGUGGUGCCCGCGUUGAGUGGCUCUACCGAACCUCGCCACGAACCACUGCUGCCCGUGGACAGCUACCAGCCGUGGGCGAUCAGUAACGGCUGGAAUAGCCAGGUGUAUUGCGGGAAGGACCAAGCACAGUCGAACCACCUAUGGAAGUCGGCCAUUCAAGAUGCGGGACCUGGCGGGGAUGGGAACAUACGCAGGGGCAGGAAGAAGCGCGUGCCCUACACCAAGGUGCAACUGCGGGAGCUCGAGCGUGAGUACGCCACAAACAAGUUCAUCACGAAGGACAAGCGACGGAGGAUAUCGGCGCAGACCAACCUGACGGAGCGCCAGGUCACCAUCUGGUUCCAGAACCGGCGAGUCAAGGAGAAGAAGGUGGUCAACAAGUUCAAGAGCAGCAGCUAACGCGGGCCUACAAGUCCGGCGUGCGGGAGAAAGGACUCCGAAACACACUGCUACGAAUGGAAGGAGCUCUGUUGUAAUUUAUUUAUCUUCAGUAUCCUCUGCUCCGCUUGGGGAGGACUCGGUACUUACUGCGGAUGGCACCUCUCCCUCUAAAGGGUCACCGAACUCAACUGCGAGGCGCGGACCUGGGGUACCCAGUGUAGAAAACGGACAUUGGCCGUUAGAGAACUCUUGCCCGUAGCCCAGGUUUCGUCACGCGUUCUGGACUGUAAAUAUGGUUGUGCUGUAUUCUCUAAGCUCCGGACCACCGUUCGCCCUGGAUCCGGGCAGAUACUGUCCGCUGCGGCCCAGACACAAGCAGGCAACGCCGGGGUUGUGCGCCGAACUCACUGGCUAUCCAUCAGGAGAGUCCCUUUAUGGUUCUGAACUAAAAACAAUGUGUAUUUCUAAGUGCUGUAUUUCUAAGUGCCUCUUCGUAUAAUUAAAACCCCAUUGUGUAGUUUGUAUGUCACCAGCUCGUGUUAAAUUAGGCUGCUGGUCCUAGUCAUGCAGUAUCUGUCACGGUACCUUCUUUAGUUUUCUCUUCGCAUCGUUUUGUACAUAGGCCUAAAACAAAACAAAAAUAACUGCCCAUUAAGGUUAUAUUCCAGGAAACAAACUCCUGCCAAACAACAGAAAAUAAAUCUCUUUUCUUUCUGAUCAUAUGCACAUGUAUGCUAUUGUGUUGAAUUAAAGUUUCUAAUCUAAUUGGAACUGUCCUAAAUAAAAGAGGAAAUAAGAUUA